GAGCUCACAUGACGUUACCCAGAAUUCCCUGGGCGAGCUGUAGCACACCGACUCCCCGUUGAGGAGGAACAAACAGGGAUGCCUGUCGCUAUCGCCUCCGGCAUGGAUUUCAAGGUUGCGUUUUCAGCCUUGGAGGCCGCGUGUAAAGAAAUUAUUUCCACUUUUUCUGACGCCGCUGCCGAUCUUGUGCACGGCCCCGUGACCCAACGCUUGGUGAUGUGCAUGAAAAAGAUUCAAGAACACGCUCGAGCCAUCGAGCCUUUGAUCGGCAGCUUCAUCGCCGUCUACCACCAUUACGACUUUGACGCGCAAACGCCUGGAAAUGGGUAUCGCACCCUGAUCAAGGUGUUGCAGUCGUGUCUUUUGCACAUCCUACACAAGGCUCGCUACAUUGCCUCGAAUCACAAGAGCGCCUUCUUCAGAGCGGACCACAACGCCUCCGAGAUGGAGGCCUACUGCAGCGCCCUUUGCCAACUGCGAGCGCUGCUCUACCUCGCCAAGCGGCUGAUCAAUGACAACGAUUUUGGCCAGCUGUACUCCCUGCAGGACCUCGACCUGAGCCACAGAUACGUGCAGGAGUACAGCUCCAUGCACAAAGCCUGUUUCUAUGGCCGCUGUCUGGGCUUUCAGGUCUGCCGGCGACAAAUUCACACUUCCGCGAAGAUGUUUACCAAUCUUCAGACUUACGGAAUUGAUUUGAAGAAAUGUUUCGCUCGCACGUUUUUGAAGCAAAACUCUUGCAUUGUUUCCCUUGGACAGUUCUCGCCGAGUCUUCGUCCGUUCCUUCAGACGAUUGUCAUUAGCAUGAUCUCAUAUGGUGAAACUUAUAGUAAACAGCAGUCCGGGCUGGGUUUAGCCGCCCUGUCUCUGCUCACAUCAGGGAAGUACGUCAUUGAUCCAGAGUUGCGCGGCGCCGAAUUCGAACGCAUUACUCAGAACCUGGAUAUGCAGUUUUGGAAAUCCUUCUGGAACAUCACAGAGUCCGAGCUUUUAACAGGCUUGUGUAGAAUAGCCUCCUACCCCGUCCAGUUGAACCUCACACUAACGAUACCUCCGGUUCCGUUACGCCUCCCACUGGCAUCGGACCCAAAUCUGUCGACUACCGUGUCACCUCCGCUGGCCCACUGGGGCCCUGGCCCAGUCCACAUGCGCCUCAUCUCCCACGAGAUUCGACAAGGGCAGGACAGCGAGGAGCUCUUGUCUUUUUCUCGCGGCGAUCCGCCCUCUGUCUCUGCUUCCAAUCUCCCCUGGGUGCAGAAGCAACCCCUCUCCCCGUGGUUGCUGAUUCACUUCCACGGAGGAGGCUUUGUGGCGCAGACAUCCAGAUCCCAUGAGAAUUAUCUGCGAAGCUGGUCGAAGCGAUUGAAUGUCCCUGUUCUUUCUGUUGACUACUCUCUGUCACCCGAAGCACCCUUUCCUCGGGCUCUUGAGGAAUGUUUCUACGCUUACUGCUGGGCCUUGAAAAACUGCCAUCUGCUUGGUUCGACAGCCGAGCUCGUCUGUCUGGCAGGAGACAGCGCCGGCGGCAACCUCUGCAUCACCGUGUCCAUGAAGGCCAUGACGUGUGGCAUCCGAGUCCCCGACGGCAUCAUGGCGGCCUACCCCGCCACCUUGCUCACCACGGACGCCUCGCCUUCCCGCUUGCUCACGCUCAUUGACCCGCUGUUACCCUUUGGUGCUCUUGCAAAGUGCCUCAACGCCUAUGCCGGUGUGGACUCUCAGACUGCACUGCCUGCCGUGGGAGGCAACAGUCUCAGGGCUCUGGGGAGGGACACAACCGCACUGCUCAGUGAUCUCACCCAGGGAGCCUCCAACUGGAUCCAGUCCUUUCUCCAGCCUAUGUGGCCCACAAGCGGAGCCUACUCACGAGCAUCAAGACACAGAGAAUCCACAAGCAGAGACACACAUAGGAAUUUAAACCAUACCUCACCUCUUCACUCCCAAUGUUACCUGGAUUACCCAGAGGGCUUUGAGCCCCUGCGCUCCGAAUGCCAUGCAGUCGUUCAGCCGACAUCCUGCCCGAUCAUCAGGAAUCCUUUUGUGUCGCCGCUGCUUGCGCCCGACAGCCUUCUACGAGGUCUGCCGCCUGUUCACUUAGUGGCCUGUGCUCUGGAUGCUUUACUGGAUGACUCUGUGAUGUUCGCCAAGAAGCUGCGGGACAUGGGCCAGCCUGUAAGCUUGACAGUGGUAGAGGACCUUCCGCACGGCUUCCUCAGCCUGUCUCAGCUCUCGAAAGAGACAGAACUGGCCGCAGAAGUCUGCCUGGAGAAAAUAAGCGAGAUUUUUCAGCAAGGAAACUAGAAGAUAUUAAUUACUCGAUACAUUACUGCGAUUCACUUAUUUUUAGGAGUCUUUUCAGAAGGAAGAAAUGAAAAGAAUCCAUUUACAAUUCUUUUUUUAAGAGUGAAAUUUAAAUUCAUGUCCAAAAGUUUCUUCUGUCAGUCACUGAGCAGUUUCAUAGGAGUUUUUUUUCUCAUUAGUUUUAUCAUCAACAAUGGCAACACAAUUUGUUGUGUUUCCCCAUUGUUAGCGUUUGACAGAAUUGCAGGUUCUGUUUGGUGUCGUGUAAAUGUUGUAGUUGACGGAUUUUUAGUGCCUUUUUAAGAUAUGUACUGUAUGUACAGUACUUUGAACGGACACUCGCUUUUCAAACAUUUGUGGAUUAAUGGUUUACUUAAACACAAAAUAGUUUACGGAGUCAUUAUUUCAUUAUGUAAUAUGUGAACAAUUUUGUGGAAAUCACAAUGCAUGUAAUGUGAUGGACUGUACAUAUUUAAUAUUUAUUACAGUGUAAUAUUUAAAGCCUUAUUAAAUCAAAAAAUGCGAAA